UCAGAGACAGUUAGCAAGGGCUGGAGGUGAGGAUGCACAGACACACAACAGCCCCCAGAAGACACGUCAUUAAGGAACUACACACAUGCUUUGCUUCUUCAUGGCACAGAUUGUAAGCCUCAGUGACCUACUGGUCUAGUCAAAGGAUUUAAACCAAAUGAAAGAGGAAUCUACUUUGAUAGAGAUGACAGGCCAGCUGAUUUUCACCAGAUACUGAGACCUACUUGUCUGAAAAGGUCUUACAAGUCUCUUCCAUCAUCACCAUUGAAACUGGUCAGAUUUCCAAAACUUUUGUGUCAUCUAACACAACUGAAUCUGUGCAAGUGAGUCACUAGGGAGCUGGACGGGUGGAGUCAGCCAAUUGUAGGAGAGAGAUGUGGACACAGAGGCGGUGGGCGGCACUCGCAGUGUUGUCAAUAAUCUCACUGCUGUCAGAGGAGGCGGCUACUAUUGAAGUCCCUCUGGACCCAAAGAUCCAGCAAGAGCUGAAACAGCCCCCCACCAUUGUGAAGCAGUCACUAAAGGACUACAUUGUGGACCCCAGAGAUAACAUCAUCAUUGAAUGCGAGGCCAAGGGGAACCCAGUGCCAACGUUUCAGUGGCGGCGGAAUGGAAAGUUCUUUAACGUGGGGAAGGACCCACGGGUGACCAUGAGGAGUCGAUCUGGAACACUGGAGAUCAGAAGCAGCGGGAAACCAGAAGAUUAUGAAGGAGAAUACCAGUGCUUCGCCUCCAACAACUUGGGCACAGCCAUUUCCAACAAAAUCCUGCUUCGAGUGUCAAAGUCUCCACUGUGGCCAAAGGAGGUUUUGGAGCCAGUGACUGUGCGUGAGGGAUCAUCACUCGUCCUGGCCUGCAACCCUCCUCCUGGUCUUCCCCCUCCUGAAACCUUCUGGAUGGACAGCUUCAUCAUGCCUAUAGCACAGGACAGUAGGGUGUCAAUGGGCCUGAACGGUGACUUGUUCUUCUCCAACGUGCUGGCUAAAGAUGCCAAGACUGACUACAGCUGCAAUGCUCGCUUCGAGUUCACACACACCAUACAGCAGAAGAACCCCUACACACUUAAAGUGCAAACAAAAGAACCUUAUAAUGACACCUUUCUCAACUCCACUGAUGUGUAUGGUGUGCGUAAUAUACCAGAAACCCAGCCCACCUUUCUAUCUCCAACGGGCUUGUCCAGCUCCAAGAUGGUGCUCAGAGGAGAAGAGCUUCUCCUGGAGUGUAUAGCAGCUGGAGUACCAACUCCUACCAUUACCUGGUCCAAAAGAGGAGGAGACCUGCCAGCGAAAAAAGUCAGGAUUGGGAACUUCGACAAAACCUUACGCAUCCUCAAUGUGUCUGAGGAAGACAUUGGCAGCUACACCUGCAUGGCCAGCAACAGAAUUGGCAGCAUUCGCCACACCGUUGAAGUCCAGGUCAAAGCUGCUCCGUUUUGGCUAGAAAAGCCCAGCAAUCUGGUUCUUGCGCCUGAGGAGAGUGGACGAUUAGUGUGUCGUGCCAACGGGAGUCCCAAACCCACUAUUCAAUGGCUGGUGAAUGGAGAACCCAUUGAAAGUUCACUGCCCAACCCAAAUCGGAGAGUUCUUGAUGACACAAUCAUAUUUGAGACGGUUCAGUUUGAAAGCAGUGCAGUUUACCAGUGUAACGCCUCCAAUGAGCAUGGUUAUCUACUGGCCAAUGCUUUCGUCAGCGUUUUGGAUAUGGCACCACGGAUGCUUGGCCCGAAAAACCAGCUGAUCAAAGUCAUUGAAAACAACAGGACCUUUCUCGAGUGUCCUUUCUUUGGCUCACCGCUCCCUUUACUUCGCUGGUUUAAGAACGGCCUUGGCAGUGGUUUGGAUGGUGGUCACUACAGGCUAUACCACAACGGCACUUUGGAGAUCAAACAGGCCCGGACAGAAGACCAGGGCACCUACACCUGUGUUGCCAGCAACAUUCUGGGCAAGAUGGAGAAUCAAGUGCGCCUGGAGGUUAAAGAGCCCACAAGAAUAGUCCGCGCACCUGAACAUGUGACCGAACCCAGAGGAACCACAGUUCGAUUCGACUGUCGAGUUAAACAUGAUCCUUCCCUUCUUGCUACAGUCACAUGGCUGAAAGAUGACAAGCCUCUGAGCUUCAGCUGGAUUGGCCGGUUGAAAAAGGAUGAUGAGUCCUUGACCAUUUACAAUGUCAAUCCAGACGAUGGAGGAACCUACACAUGCACAGCCAAAACUGAGAUAGACGAGGACACUGCCUCAGCUCGCCUUACAGUUACAGAUAAUGACAGCUCGUCUGCUUCAAAUCGUAGUGCCUCUGCAGGUCGACCCGACCCACCUCAGGAUCUGGAGCUCUCUGACCCUUUAGCACGCAGUGUCAGACUCACCUGGGUGCCCGGAAAUGAAAACAACAGUCCUGUUACACAUUUCCUAGUCCAGUUUGAAGAGGACAGGUGGGAGCCAGGGAAGUGGCAGAACCUGUCAAUUUAUGAUUGGAAUCUAAACUCAGUUAACCUUCAGCUAUCACCAUUCGUCAACUACCAGUUCAGAGUGAUUGCGAUCAAUGCUGUGGGUCAGAGUCAACCCAGCCACCCCUCUGCACGUUAUCAGACCAGUGGAGCCCCUCCUGAUGUUGUCCCAAGUGGACUUAAAGGGUGGGGAAGCAAGAAAAACAACAUGGAGAUCACAUGGCAGGCCAUGCAGAACACAGAAAGGAAUGGGCCAAACCUGCGAUAUGUGCUCUCCUGGAGAAGUAAAGAAACAGGAGAAGAGUGGAAUAACAUCACCACAGCCAAAACAAAACACAUUGUCCAUAAUACAGACACCUACGUCCCUUAUGAGAUCAAAAUACAGGCUGUCAAUGACUUUGGACAUGGCCCAGAGUCAAACAUGGUCAUUGGUUAUUCUGGGGAAGACAAACCAUCCACUGCACCAACAGAUCUCAGGGUGUCAAAGAUCAACAGUACAAAAGUCAAUGUUCACUGGGAGCCUGUGGAGCCCAGCAGUGUAAAUGGAGAAUUUAAAGAAUACAAGUUGUACUACUGGCGGGAGGCCAGUCUAAUAAAGGGCCUGAAAGUAAAUAAGACAAAGUUGCAUAAGGGAUUCUUUACCACGGCAGAACAUCCCUCUGGCAUCCUGACAGAGCUCUAUCCAUACAGCAAAUACAAAAUGUACAUGGUGGUUGCUAACCGAGAACAUGAAGGGCCGCAAAGCAAUACUGUGGAAUUUUACACCAAGGAGGGAGAGCCAGGGGCUCCAAAAUACUUCAGGAUUCUGAGGCACACGGACGUGGUUCACCUGAAGUGGGACAAACCACUGGAGCCAAACGGUGUCCUGAUUGGAUACACACUUCAGUACCACACAGUGAACGGCACACAGGCAGGAGAGAGGAAAGUCCAGAGUUUCCCACCCAAUGUGACGGAGUACGUCAUGAAUCUGCCUCACCGCUUCACGCGCUUCAAGUUUUUCCUAGCAGCCCGUACGCAGGUCGGAGCAGGAGAAGUGUACGCCGUCGAGUCUCCGCACUUCGCUAAUGAAGGCACCCCAGAUACUGACUCUACAGUUGUAGCCGUUAACUUUACAGAUGGCUUGAUGUUCGAAAUUCCUCCUCCUCCCCUCCCCCCCUCCACUGACCCAAACCCAACAAUACUGACCCCAGAACCAACUACACCAGUUCCUACAACUGCUGCUCCAACCAAACCUACUACCACCACCACCACCACCACCACUACUACUACAACUUCUACAACUACUACAACUACCACAACUACUACAACAACUACCACUACUACAGCAGCUUCCACCACAGUAGCUCCAGUUCGGCCCGUGCCUCCCAAAACAGUGGAUUGGAAAAUACUGGCCCCGAAUGUAAAGAUCUGGAAUCUGACGGUGGAUGCUAACAAUGACAAUGCUAACGUCAGCUGGAAGCACAACUUCUCCGUUGACAGCAGCAAGUUUGUUGUAGAGUUCACACUGGACAGUAAUGGGUCGAUGACGAGCAUUCAAGUAAACCAGCAGCCUCACAUUAAGCUGGCUGGGCUGGUGGCUGGGGCCAAGUAUCGGUUGCGGGUCUAUUCCCAUGAGCACAACUCCAUCAGCAGCGACUAUGUCACGUUCGAGACAGGCAGAGCCUAUAAGGAGCAGGAAGACAUCGCUACUCAGGGCUGGUUCAUUGGGUUGAUGUGUGCCGUUGCUUUAUUGGUUCUCAUUCUGCUCAUUGUUUGCUUUAUCAAGAGGAGUCGUGGAGGAAAAUACCCAGUGAGAGAGAAGAAAGACCUCCCCUUAGAUCCUGUCGACCAUAAAGACCAAGAUGGAUCAUUUGACUAUCACAGCGACGAAGACAACAAGCCAUUACAGGGCAGCCAAACAUCCCUGGACGGGAACGUAAAAGAAAGCGACGACAGUCUCGUGGACUACGGUGAAGGAGGAGAUGGCCAAUUCAACGAGGACGGUUCCUUCAUCGGCCAAUACACAGUAAAGAAGGACAAAGAGGAGACAGAAGGAAACGAGAGCUCAGAAGCCACAUCACCUGUCAAUGCCAUCUACUCUUUGGCAUAGCAACUCCACCUGGGCACGGCGCCCCCCAGCGGGCCGGAGGGUGCCAUUACACGCAUAGAAAAUAAAUAUAUAUAUACACAGAGAAUUACGAGUAUUCACAUAGAACGCACUGGAGUGCAUGAUCCUACUGAACAAGGGAUGGGGAGCCGAAACGGCGUUCAGAAACCUUUGUUUGAGGCGUCCCCAUGCCCCACACAGACUUUAGUGUGCCUUUAGGGCGACGGGGCAAACUUUUUGAGCUUUUCGUGUGGCUUACGCUCUUCUUUUUUUAUUUUGGAAAUCUGCCUUUUCCUCCUUCUUCCUCCUACUGUAGCUACUAGCAUCAAAGAAAUGGAUAUACAAGCACCAGACCUGUGACAUAUCAACUGUGGGUCGACUCAAUUGCAGAACGUCGGCAGAUAGGUUUAUCAUAUUGAUAUUUCCGCAGUGAAUGAUCCCUUUAUUUGUUUUCGACACUAAAAUUGAUUUAUCCCAAAACAACAAACAAAGAAACAAAUGAAAUUCUUAUAGCGUGCUGGCACAGUUUGCUGUGCUUUGUAAAACUAUGCACUAUGUAUUAUUGUUAGUAUGAUUUGGGGUUAUAAUUGGACGUUAGAAUCUUCAUCAUUUUGUUUUUCACGAAAACGAAUCUAGUCCUGGAUUUAUUCUUCUAUGUGCGACAGGACUAAUAUCAUGCUUUCAUCUGCCAUUGCUUUGUUAAUAUAUUUUCACUGGCUGCAACUGUAAAAUGCCACCAAUAUUUAUAGGCUGAGGCUAGAUGGCGCCACUUGUAAAUGAAAAAAAAAAACGUUAUUUUGAAGCAUGGUAGUAUUUUAGUGCAAAAGACAAUGGAGAGGUUGUAAUACGAAGAGUUAAAUACACGAUAAUAUAUUCCUUUUUUUAUAAGAUACUUGCUUUAUAUAGUCCUCAAAAGAGAAUGAUGAUAAUAAUGAUGAUGAUGAUGAUGAUGAUGAAAUCACUUUUUUCUUUCUUCAUUUUUUAAAUCAGCUUGGUGAAGAUUCCGAUGUCAGAAUAAGUUUAUAUAAGGAGUCUACAAAGGUUUGGGGUGCAUCAAUACAUCAGUGGGUUGUUCCAUGGGGAUUUCUAGAUAUAACUCAGUAGGUAAAGAUAAGUGUAUAUAUUGUUUGGGGUUGAUCCAGUGUUCAUUCUCUUUGCGGCUGAGACACUGCCCUGAAGACAUGUCACUGUAACUGUAGUUACUUCUCUACCUGUGCUCCAACAUUAUUACUUCAUCUUCUGCACUGCUGUGUACUUAUAGUUGGGUUCAAAAGUCUGAGGCCACUUUGAAAGUCUGGAAAGCUUUUUUAUUUGUGCCUGGAAAUAAGUAACAUUUGACGAUUUUGGAAAAUAUUAGAACCUCAUAUAAAAUUAUUUGAAGUCUUUUGUGAUUCAUUACAGAUGGUCAGAUGUUCUUCUUUCUUUUGAUCAUCAAUCGCUUUUGCACUAAUAACAAAUAAUCAUAUUUAAUUCAGUGAAAACAAGGUUGUGAGUGAUAGAAAUACAUGAUACAUCAAUAUGUCAAGGUACACUUGACAAAAAUUCCUUUCAAAAAAGCUUUACAAUUAGUUACUUUACUUAAAAAAGUGAGUAAAUCCAUUUCCUUAAAAGUGACGAGUUGACUUUACUUAAAUAAAGUGAGAAAACCAUUGGAACUUGAAAUGUGCACUGUAAAAAAAGCAACAUUCCACACAAUUAUUUUAUAUUGGCACAACUAAAAUCAAUAAGUUAACCUAAUAGUUUUUACAAAUUUAAGUGGUUUCCACAUAAAACAUUUAGGUUUUCAUUUUAGGGUUUCCCACAGCUUUAGAAUUGUGUCAUUUCAACCCAUUUUAAAAAAGUAGUUUGAACAAGCAAAAAAAAUGAUUCAUAGAUGAUUCCUUGGAUUUGCUAAGUUUUUUAAAGUUAAGUGGAUGUAAACAAUUUAUUUGGGAUGAAUUUAAACAAAUUAAG